AUGACCGAAGCCACAAUGUAUCGACCUCGAAACCGAAGGUGCCCACCAUCGGAAAGAUACCUUUUCCCCCAUAAAACAACACCAUUUCUCGUGGAGAACCUCGUUCGUGUUCGCAUCGAGUGGACGUCCGUCGAUUCGUUGUGCGCUGCCGUCGAACCAAAUCGUCCGUACACUCGUCCUGCCUCGGGAAUGCCCUUAGAACAGAAGAGCACUUGCUCACCAGGAAUUCCCCAGCUCACCCCUCCGGGAGGUUCUGCGAGUCAAAGUGAAACAACAAAACACUUGACCAGAGAAAGGAAACCAAUUAAUUGA